GAAGCCUGCGAUCUGACUGCCACUGGCUCGUGUGGGGGAGAGCCGGUGGCCUCAGCUCUCCGGCCCAGCAGAGUUCUCGAGAGUGUGUGCCCUUCCGGGCAAGGGUUGAGCAGAGAGCAGGCAGAGAAGGCUGCCUUAGGAGCAGGGAGUCCGCAAAUUCCAGAGCUGAACUCUUCCAAGGAUUUGAGAGAAGAUGGAGUACAUCCCAAGUGCUGUGUUCACCUGUGUGCUCUCCUUCCCUGCCGUGAUCGCUAGUUUCAGGGAAGGAUUCCUGGAUCUGUGUCUCCCCCCUGGGCUCCGGUUGUCUGCUUCAGCCCCAGCCCUCUGAAGAUCCAAAAAGGUAGAAGCCAAGCUGUUGGCCUAAAGGAACAAGUCAUCUGGUAGUUUGCCACCCAGAGAGUCUGGAGGGGAGGAGAUCUCCCCAUGAGCUACCCCGGCGGCUAUCCCCCGCCCGCAGGCGGCUAUCCCCCUGCUGCACCCGGUGGUGGUGCCUGGGGGGGUGCCGGCUACCCCCCGCCCAACAUACCGCCCAUCGGGCUGGAUAACGUGGCCAGCUACGCGGGGCAGUUCAACCCAGACUGCCUCUCGGGAAUGGCGGCCAACAUUUCGGGGACGUUUGGAGGCGCCAACAUGUCAAACCUGUUCCCUGGAGCCCCUGGAGGUGGUUAUCCUCCAGUCCCCCCAGGGGGCUUUGUGCAGCCCCCUUCCGCCCAGCAGCCCAUUCCGCCCUAUGGAAUGUACCCACCUCCUGGGGGAAAUGCCCCCUCUGGGAUGCCUUCGUAUCCACUGUACCCAGGAGCGCCGGUUCCAGGCCAGCCCAUGCCGCCCCCCGGCCAGCAGCCUCCGGGCACCUACCCUGGCCAGCCGCCGAUGACCUACCCGGGGCAGUCGCCAGUGCCACCCCCUGUGCAGCAGCAGCAGCCGGUGCCAAGCUACCCAGCAUACCCAGGGUCCGGGCCCGUCACCCCCGCCGUGCCCCCAGCCCAGUUUGGAAACCGAGGCACCAUCACCGACGCGCCCGGCUUUGACCCCUUGCGAGAUGCCGAGGUCCUGCGGAAGGCUAUGAAGGGCUUUGGGACUGACGAGCAGGCCAUCAUCGACUGCCUGGGGAGUCGCUCCAACAAGCAGCGGCAGCAGAUCCUCCUGUCCUUCAAGACAGCCUAUGGGAAGGAUUUGAUCAAAGAUCUGAAAUCUGAACUCUCGGGAAACUUUGAGAAGACAAUCUUGGCUUUGAUGAAGACCCCGAUCCUCUUUGACGUUUAUGAGAUAAAGGAAGCCAUCAAGGGGGCUGGCACCGACGAAGCCUGCCUGAUUGAGAUCCUCGCCUCCCGCAGCAACGAGCACAUCCGGGAACUGAACAGAGCCUACAAAACAGAAUUCAAAAAGACCCUGGAGGAGGCCAUUCGAAGCGACACCUCGGGACAUUUCCAACGGCUCCUCAUCUCUCUCUCGCAGGGAAACCGGGAUGAGAGCACGAAUGUGGACAUGGCCCUCGUCCAGAGAGACGUCCAGGAGUUAUAUGCAGCCGGGGAGAACCGCCUAGGAACAGAUGAGUCCAAGUUCAAUGCAGUUCUGUGCUCCCGGAGCCGAGCCCACCUGGUGGCAGUUUUCAAUGAGUACCAGCGGAUGACGGGCCGUGACAUCGAGAAGAGCAUCUGCCGGGAGAUGUCCGGGGACUUGGAGCAGGGCAUGCUGGCCGUGGUGAAAUGUCUCAAGAACACCCCAGCCUUCUUUGCUGAAAGGCUCAACAGGGCCAUGAGGGGAGCAGGAACCAAGGACCGGACCCUGAUCCGCAUCAUGGUGUCACGCAGCGAGCUUGACCUCCUGGACAUCAGAUACGAGUACAAGCGGAUGUACGGCAAGUCGCUGUACCACGACAUCUCGGGAGACACUUCGGGGGAUUACCGGAAGAUUCUCCUGAAGAUCUGCGGUGGCAACGACUGAGUGAUAGUAACUGGUGGCUCUCUUCCACCACCUGCCCACAGCGGCGAUGCCAGGAAAAGGCCCAGAGAAUGUCUAACAAACCCUCAAAGUAGCCCUGAGGCGUCCAGGGCACACCAUCUGCAGAGCCUCUGCCCCUCCGGAUCCAGGACCUGGGUCCUUCUAGAACUCUCUCAGGAUGCAUUUCCCCUCCCCACCCCUCACAGCCCCUGCUGCUAAAGUAGAUGUUUUAUUCUCAUGCAUUCCUUUCCCUCUGCUUGUGGCUGAGACUCUUGGCUUCGUUUUAGUCAUGUAAUUUUAUACUUUUAUUUGGAGGCAUUUUUUUUUAACACUCAUUGCCAAGCAGACUCUGGACAAGUCCGUUUGCUGCAGACACACUUCUGUGCGAGAGAUUGGAUGGGUGGAGUAUGCCGUGGCCUCACUGAGGAGUAAAAGGGAAGCUCUUAAAGGGUAAUCUUUGUAUCUGGUAAGAAUGUGUCAUGAGCUUUGUUGUUGCCAAACUCCUUUUUAGAAGAAAAAGAAAAAAAAAAAAAGCCAGGAACUCAUCUGUUCCAUCUUCCUUGCAAAACCCUGAGAACAAAGCCAGUUCCCUG